AAUACGAAAUACUUACGUACAGUUUAUUAUGUAUAUUUGUUCUACUUUCACUUUCAAAUAAGCCAUCUGGGGAAACAUGGCAUUUCCAAUACAAAAAGUUCUAAAACUUGCCCAUUCGACAUUUUCUAAAUUGUCAAAAGGGAUCGCUGUUGAUACAGGGUCACUGUCGCCAAUAAAGUCCCUUUUGGAUCAAAUCAGAGCAUCCGAUGUGGACUUCGAUGCGUCGAACUUUCGGGGAAGACAAGCACCUGUUACGUAUGUUAAGCUGUACGAGGACAGAGUGAUGAGUGUUGGCAUUUUCGUGAUGAGAAAUGGAGCAAAAUUGCCCCUCCAUGAUCAUCCAGGGAUGUAUGGUUUAUGUAAAACUAUUCAUGGAGAAAUGAAAGUUGAAAGCUACAGUAGGGCAGUUAUGUCAGAUGAUGUAAUAAUGAGGAAAAUGAGUACUCUUCCUUUUUCUAAUGUAAUACCUGUGAAUAAAAAAGACAGUGCUUGCCUCUCAGAGGAGGACGAAUGUUGCGUGCUGACACCGGAUUCCGGUAAUUUUCAUGAAAUCCGAGCGGUUGGUGAUAUGGCGGCGUUUUUGGACAUUUUGGCCCCGCCAUAUGACUAUGAAACCAUGACUAGGACAUGUCAGUAUUACACCCUGUUGGAGGAUACAGAUGAAUUCAAUGAUUUACAGGUCCAGUGGCUGAAUGAAAUUGAUGAACCUAGAGAUUUUUGGUGUGACAGUUCUGAUUACACAGGGCCAACUCUACAAGACAUCUAAAUAUGUACAGUGUAUAUAUCACUAUCUUAACUUUCUGUCUUAACCUUCUAUUGUGCUUUCUUAUUUGUCAAUUAUUAUUUGGCAUCAUUUGUGAAGGAAAGUAUGUUUGCACUUUCAUCAGGCAUUAUAUAUGGUGGCAUAUUUCUGCCCCCUACAUGCUAUAUGCAAGAUUAAUUAUGUUAACAUGCAGAAAUAUGCCACCAUAAUAAUAUAUAGAUUUAGUAUAUAUAUAUUUACAUUUGUCAGUGUCUUUCCUUAUAUGACAAUACUAAAAAAAAUGAAAUUCUAUUUUCAAUGACAUGCAGUCAGUCACAUGAUCAGACUUUCUUGCAUAUGGAAAGCAAACUGCAUGAGACAUUUGGAAAGUCUUGACUGUGACGUCAUAUGACGUCGUGUUUAUACGUUAUGUUUGCAUUCAAUAACAAAAUCUAAAUAGAGCAUUUUGUCUUUGUAAUAAAGAUAAAAAUAUAAAUAUAAGAAAUAAAAUAUCAUUUUUAGAGUGUCAAUGGGAUAUGACAUGAAGUCGGUACGUGAUCAAAUCUACUAUAACUCCCUUCAUAUCCCAAUGACACUCUAAAAAUGAUAUCUAUUUCUUAAAUAAUAUUAUUAGGUUGAUGAAAUGUCACAUUCAGGAUUUGGGACAGAUACAGUUAAAUGCUAUCUCUAACUGAUUUCCAUAACCUUAGAACCUUGUAAAGUUGAUAAAUCUAUAUUGGACAACAUGGGUAUAAAAUCAAACCCAGGUUGAGACCAAGGAAUCUAGUGGCACUGUUGGACAGGCAUCCUACAAUUAUGUCUUGAUUUAAUUUUCUGCAAAUUCAGUGAUUUUAUCUAUCAAAUUCCAGUUAUUUAAUUUAUUGCACUUUUAA